CGUCGGCGAAGAGAGACAUAGAUCGGAUAUGGCGGCUGAUAAUACGGGUGCGAAAUCCAGCUCCGCUGCGGAUUCUUACGUUGGGAGCUUGAUUAGUUUGACAUCUAAGAGCGAGAUCAGAUACGAAGGGAUCCUUUACAAUAUUAAUACAGAUGAAUCCAGUAUCGGACUUCAAAACGUUCGAUCAUUUGGAACUGAAGGAAGGAAAAAAGAUGGUCCGCAAGUUCCUCCUAGUGACAAAGUUUAUGAGUACAUAUUGUUCCGUGGAACUGAUAUCAAGGAUUUGCAAGUCAAAGCUUCUCCACCAGUUCAGCCUCCCGCACCUACUAUAAAUAAUGACCCUGCUAUAAUUCAGUCCCACUACCCUAGCCCGAUGCCAACAUCUGGUAGCUUGCCUUCUACUGCGAGCGGGUCACUGCCUGACAUUAGUUCUCAUCCUGGACAACCUGGACAACAUGGGAUGGGAUUUCAAAACGCAAUGCCUUUGUAUCAGCCUGGUGGAAAUCUUGGUUCCUGGGGAGCUUCACCACAACCACCAAUGUAUUGGCAAGGUUUCUACACCCCACCUCCUAAUGGCCUUCCCCAAUUGCAUCAACAGUCCCUGAUUCGACCCCCUCAUGGGCUGCCAAUGCCCAAUUCUCUUCAGCAACCCCUGCAAUAUCCUAACUUUAAUACCCCUCCACCUACUGGUUCAUCAAAUUUGCAGGGUUCAAGCUUGCCAGAAGCACCCUCUUCAUUGUUUCCUUUUAGUACUAGCUCUCAAAUCCUAGCACCUAGUUCAUUGCCUUUCCCUGGUCUACCACCUGUGACGCUGUCGUCUAGCCUGCAAUCUACACUGCAAUCAGCACCAUCUCCUUCACUAGUUUCAGAGAUGGCACCUCCUUUGCUGUCAAACAAAGCUCCCAUUACUGCGCCUCCUACCCUACCUCAGGAUACUAAUUUGCUUCCCUUUUCUCUAUCUACUACGAGAGCCACAGAAGCAAGUGCUGCCAUUUCACUGUCUAACAAGCCUAGUGUAGCUACUGGUCCAAUUUCUCUGCCGCAGACAACACCAUUGACAUCUGCUCCUGUUGCGGGAGUUUCUAGUUCCAUUAGCCAAGAUAAGCCAAAACCUGUGUUGGUUACUCCUGGCCAACUGUUGCAGUCUGGAUCUUCUGCAGUCUCUUUGUCCCCACCCUCUACAAAUGCCGAUAAAGAUGUUGAGGUAGUUCAAGUAUCAUCAUCAGCUGGGUUGGAACAAUCUGUUCCAGUUACAUCUGAAGCCCAACCUCCAAUACUGCCAUUGCCUUCCUCUGCAAGGCCUACUCAGAAGCCAAACGGGCAUUCUUUCCCAAAUCAUAAUGGUUACAGGGGACGUGGAAGAGGAAGAGGAAGAGGAGCAGGGAGAUCACACCAGGUAAUGAAGUUCACUGAAGAUUUUGAUUUCACAGCAAUGAACGAAAAGUUCAAUAAGGAUGAAGUAUGGGGUCAUCUUGGGAAGAGUACCACAUUAGAUGGUGAUGAAGAUGAUGAUUCCCCGAUUGUAGAUGAGGCUGAGCUUCCUAAGAUCGAGGUCAAGCCUGUUUACAACAAAGACGACUUUUUCGAUAGCCUCUCAUCAAACACCAUUGACCGAGAGUCCCAAAAUGCAAGGCCUAGGUUCUCAGAGCAACGGAAACUAGAUACUGAGACAUUUGGUGAGUUCUCUAGAUUCAGAGGAGGGCGAGGAGGGCGUGGUGGUUAUGGUCGAAACGGUUAUUCACGUGGCGGUUAUGGCGGGCGUGGGUAUGGCGGUUAUGGUGGCCGAGGUGGUGGUGGCGGUGGUGGCUAUGGAAUGGGAAGUGUGGAUUCUUCAAGACUACCACUUGUCUUCUUUGCGAGACUGUCCGGUUUAGUAGUCGCAGUUUCGGUUCUGUACUGGGCUCUCUUCCUCCCUAAUCAAGGACUCAGCUACUCUACUCUUCAUCCUCUGCUGAUGGUGAUUGGCUUCAUUCUUGUAAGUGGAGAAGCGAUUCUGAUACACAGAUGGUUGCCUGGUUCAAGGAAAACGAAGAAAGCUGUUCAUUUGUGGCUACAAGGAGUGGCAUUGGCCUCUGCUGUGUUUGGAAUUUGGACAAAGUUCCAUUACCAACGUGGAGUUUUUGCCAAUUUCUACAGUCUCCAUUCUUGGAUGGGUUUACUCUCUGUUUCUCUCUUCGGUGCCCAGUGGGUGACUGGGUUCAUGAGUUUCUGGCAUAGAGGAGAAGUACGGACAACAAGAACCACGUUUCUUCCGUGGCAUGUAUUCAUCGGACUCUAUACCUAUGGUUUAGCCAUUGCCACCGCUGAGACCGGACUGCUUGAGAAACUGACGUUCCUUCAGACCAAGAGGAAUGUCCCCAGACGCGGUUCUGAAUCAAUGACUGUUAAUGGUUUAGGGCUCGGCUUGGCUCUACUCUGUGGUAUCGUUAUAAGUGCUGCUGUUUUGCCAAAGUAUCAGAGCCAUUCUGGUAAUGAGAAACUUGUUUAUUCAUCUCAAGAUCGUCCCAAAUGUUUGUCUUCUUGAGUUUUUAAUUUUCAUUCUUUUUAGUU